AUGAUAUCUGAACCGCAAUCACAGUUAUUUGACAACCUGAACUUCUUGAUUGUGAUUACCACUGCAAGCGAUGCCGAAACAAUGCUCAGAUGUGAAGGUCUCUUAAAGGUCAACUCAAGCAAUAGUGUUCAAAUUUAUUCAGAGGAUGCAGAAAAGAUAAAGCGAUUACAAAGAGAAGCAAAAACCUCGGAUUGGUUUUAUGACAGCUUUAGCCGCUCUACAAAUGGUGAAAUUCAUUUCAUAAUUUCCCAAACUGCAGACUUUUUCUUCUACAACGAAGUAGCAUUCGACUUACUAAUACCAGUGGUCACUCCAGAAUGGGUUACAGAUUCUAUAGCAAAGAAAAUGUUACUUAAGCCAUUGCCGUAUUCUUCUAAUGAGAGACACUGCCUAAAAGACCUAGAGAUUUACCUUUCAGGCUAUUCACUUGAUGAAAGUGAACAAAUACUAUACAGUUGCCUGAUAGAAUAUUUGGGAGGUACUGUUACUAGUACUCUUUCAACGAAUACCAAGAUUAUUAUCACGAAAACGUCAAAAGACCCAGUACUAAGCUCUGUUUUGAAGCUUAAACUACCGACAAUAAUCAAAUUUGUAUACCCAACUUGGCUGACUACAUCUUUCAAGAAAAAUUCAAUGGAUGAUACAGAAACACACGAAAUAUUACCCACUGAUGGUACCGUGAAAAUGAAAAAUCUGUCCAAAAAGCUCUGGAGUAAAAACCAUUCUACAAAGAUAACGCAUAUGACCAAUAUAUUUCAGGAUCGUAUCUUUUAUAUAAGCGCUGAGUUGAAGAUCGAUUCGGAUAUUAAUAUUUUUUUGAGUGACAUAUUAUUGUCUUGCUCUGGCUCGACCUGCCAACGUCUCGAUGAGAGUGCAAAAACAAGUGCACAUAUUUAUCUUGGAUAUACCAAUGAGAAUGAAGAAUAUAACAUGGCAAAAAACCGAGGUAUAGAAGCUGGAAAUUUGGUUUGGUUGUUCCAAAUGCUUUCAUGUCAGAAAUAUAUACCACCGGCUUCGAAUGUAAUCUUUGAACCAUUCGACAAAUCAAAGAUAUUCAAUAAGGAUACAUUAAUUGUUUCAUUUUCUAAUUUUUAUGGGUUUCAGCGGUCUUAUAUAAAACUUCUAACAUUAAUGUUAGGAGGAGUUUCCACGAAUGAGUUGUCCAAAAGGAACAAUUUCUUGAUUUCACGAUUUUCAAGAGGAAGAAAAUAUGAAGCUGUACAAUUGCACUGGAAAAAGACAUGUCAAGUUGUCAAUAUAGAAUGGCUAGAGGAUUGUUACAAGCAUAAGACUUUACUUGAUCCGAAUGAUGCCAAAUUUCGGAAUUUUAAUGUAAGUUCCAGUUCAAAGUUCCUAAUUCAGUUAUCCCAAGAUGUUGAAGAGAAAAAUGUGAUAGAAAAGAAUGCAGGAAACACAGAUAUCACUUCAGCACCGUCUAGUGAAUCAUCUCCAGAAUCUGAUAAAAGUAUUGAAGGCGAAUCUGUUGCAGGAAUGGAGUUAAUAAAUGGAAACACUAAAAUCGAUAGCAAGCACAAAUCAUACAAUGUGGUGGAUACUUAUGAACCAGUUGUAGCUGACAUGGCGGUAACUGAGGGCCCUACUGAAGGUCAGCAUUUUUCAACAAAUGUUGAACUUGCGACAGUUGGUAAUAAUACUGAAGAAGGCCUAUUAAUAAUUGAAACCAAUGAUAGUAGCCAUUCCAAAAUAGGAGUUGAAACUGAAGAUAAGCUUGAACCUGUAGAGGAAAUUAGAGAAAGCCAAAUUAAAAGGACAGUUGAGAAAAAAGACAAGUUGGAGAAAGCAAGUACCGUUGCAGAGGAUGCUCCCACUGCUAACCAAGAAAUAGAGUCUUCGGUCAACUUCAAUUCUAUUUCUGAUGAGGAAAAUGACAUCUUGAAGGGCACAGCCAAAGUGUCAUCUAGCAGUAAGCAAUCUUUAGAAACAGAUGAAACUUUAGAAAAGAUGAUAAAUCUCAUAAAGAAAACCGAAAAAAGCAUCAAGAGCAAUUGUUCUUUUCCAUGUGAUCCAACGAUCAAUGAUCGUAUACUGAAUAUUGAAAAUAUUCGGACAGCUGAGACAGCGAGCCAAAAGCAACAGCCACUAUCGCCAACUUCUGUGGACAAAAAUAGAGAAGAGAUAUCAACACAUGAUGCCAUUACUAUCGUAAAUAAAGCAAAACGAUCUGUAAGCCGACCAGUAUCUUCUUCAAAAAGAAGAAAAACUGGUGAAAUAUUGACCGAAGGGAAAGUUGAUGAGCUUUUGAGACGCUUCUUAACCGAUGACAGCGAUAUUGAAAAUUCAUUUCCCAUUUAUGAUAUCAGAGCAGUCUCGACCAAUUGUUUGGAAAAUUUGAAAGAAUUAGAUAUCAAAGUCCUAGAUGUUCUUGGCAUAAAAAUCUUUUCGAACAUUGAUGACACCCAUAAUUUAAAUGCAAUUAUCGCUCCUAAGCGAUUAAGAACGAUCAAGUUUCUUAAAAGUUUAAGUUUCAAUUCAUUGGAUUACGCAAUAACUCCAGGGUUUAUUAACGAAAUUUUGAAAUCCGUUUAUAAUACUAAAAAUACAACAUUUGACACACUCAAGAUUGCGCACGAUAAGUACGCAAUUCCUGACAUGACAAGCCACGUCUUGGAAACGACCAAAUUGUCUACAAAAGUAUUUGAACGUGGAUAUCUUUCCAACAUCAACAUUUUUCAUGACAUUCCAGGUGGUGCUGAAACAAUUGCUUCAAUCUUGAAAUCGCACGGCAUAAAGAAAGUGACCGUACUGCCAUCUAAUUUUGGCUUAGAUGAUUUGGCGUUAAAUGAAAUACGAGAUUCUGAUACAAAUGUACCGAGAUGCGUGAUAGUUUCGCAUAAAGCAUCACAAGUUAGUAGAUUUAAACGACUAGUCUCAACGAAAGGGAAUCGUGAAGGUUUCAAUGCGUUAAUAGUUGAAUGGAAUUGGUGCGUCAACUGUAUAUUUUCUUUAAAUGUCAGUUUUGCCGAUACUUCCAAUGUCUUACUUCGAUACGAAUAA